ACGAGAUCUGGUCGCAUUGAAACUGAGGGGAAAAAACUAGGAAUGGCUGUGGAGGAACUUCAAUCCAUAAUAAAGAGAUGUCAAAUCCUAGAAGAGCAAGAUUUUAAAGAGGAAGACUUUGGCCUAUUUCAAGUAGCAGGCCAAAGAUGCAUAGAAGAAGGACAUGUAGACCAGCUGUUAGAAGUUAUUCAAAAUGAAAAUAAUAAGGUCAUCAUUGAGAGUAUGGGCUGGAAUCUUGUUGGUCCUGUUGUUCGAUACCUUUUACAGAAUGAUAAAGAAGAUGAUAAACGGAAAGAUUAUUUGCUGAUGCUUGAUUUUUUGGUAAAGUUAUGUAAACCAAAGGAAUUAUUGUUGGGUUUGCUUGAACUGAUUGAAGAGCCUUCUGGAAAACAGAUAUCCCAGGUUAUACUUCUUCUACUUCAGCCAUUACAAACAGUGAUUCAGAAACUUCCUAACAACAAGGCAUAUUCAGUUGGGUUAGCACUGUCUACCCUUUGGAGUCAGCUAUCUCUACUUCCUGUUCCAUACUCAAAGGAGCAGAUACAAACAGAUGAUUAUGGCCUUUGUCAGUGUUGCAAAGCCUUAAUAGAAUUUACUCAACCAUUUGUGGAAGAAGUCAUUGAUGACAAAGAAAAGUCACUAAAAAAAGACAAUGAAAAGUUAAAGGAUGAAUUACUAAAAUUUUGUUUGAAAAGCUUGAAAUGCCCUUUGCUGACAGCACAAUUUCUUGAACAGUCUGAAGAAGCUGGAAAUGAUCCUUUAAGGUGUUUUGCAUCUGAAAUAAUAGGUUUUUUAUCAGCGAUUGGGUACCCUAUCCCCAAAAUGAUUUUUAAUCAUGGAAGGAAAAAGAGGAUUUGGGAUUACCUUGAAUUUGAAGAAGAAGAAGACAAACAAUUAGCAGACUCUAUGGCUUCUCUGGCAUAUCUAGUGUUCGUACAGGGCAUUAGCAUGGAUCAACUUCCAAUGGUUUUAAGCCCAUUGUAUCUUUUACAGUUAAAUAUGGGGCAUAUAGAAGUCUUUUUGCAAAGAACAGAAGAGUCUAUUUUCUCCAAAGGAUUGGAUCUGCUGGAGAAUGGUUUAUUACGGCUAGAAGACCACAGUCUACCUUAUCAGUACUUAGAAAUCAAGAGUUUUCUUACUGUACCUCAGGGCUUAGUCAAAGUAAUGACACUUUGCCCCAUUGAGACAUUG